UAAACAAAAGGUGGUUUACCUAUAAUCUCAGACUAGUUCUUGUGUGAGGCUCAAUACUGCCUGUACGUAUCUUUUGAAGCAAUUACUAGAGUAGCUCUGAGAAAUAUGAAAGUCAUCAUAAUUCCUGCACUCUUUCUUGUCUUGGCUUCAACUGCUACUUGUGAUAACUUAUGGAAAGACUGCAGCACACCAGAUGAUAAGACAAGAAUGGAAGUAACAAGCAUCAAGAUAACUCCAGAUCCACCACAAAAGGGGCAGAAAGUCAACAUUGAUGUUGAGCUUAAUUUAAAGGAAGAAGUCACAUCUGGUGAAGUUGCCCUAAAGCUUAAUUAUGGUGUUAUACCAAUUGUUGAUGAGAGUCUUGAUUUUUGUGACCUUAUCACACAGAUCAAUAAGCAGUGCCCACUUCAGAAAGGGACUAUCUCCAUAAAACUCGAUGAAGACCUUCCUAAUUAUAUUCCUUCUGGCAAGUAUGCAGGCAAUGCUACUAUCACUGAUCAAAACAAUAAAGAGCUUCUCUGCCUUCAUUUGGAAAUGGAUCUUAAUUAAUUAACAUUAUUAGCUGAACUUUGCUUUAUCGUGUGAAACCUUUUACAGCUUUAAUUUCUUAGUUUUAUCAUGAAUUUUUAAUGUUUAAAAAGUGUUUACACUUAACUAGU